AUGGAGACCACUCUUGCUCAUCGACCUUGGGAGCCCGCUACUACGGGACCGCAAACCCCCCCAGUGUCGUCUACCCAAACCCUCCCAUCUAUUUCGACUUUGACAGCAAGUAUGGCCGGCGGCAUGCCUACCCAGGCCGAAAAGUCACCGGGGAAUGCCUCCCUAAAUACGAUAGAGCGAGAUUCGGGGAAUUGGUCCAUGCCUCAGAGUACCAGUAAGGCUUCGUCUUAUUCAUUCCUACCUGCGGAGGCUGAUUGUCCCCUAGGGUCGUCUACCUACUCAACCACGACAAACGCGACAGGCAACUAUCCCUCUCUCUCCUUCCUCACGUCCCAACCUUCUCCCAAUCGCGCAUCCUACGUCUCGGAUCGGUCCCCGUACCCCAACGACCACUCUAAUACCAACACGCCUUCCUCUGCGGGAGCGCAGCCUUCGCCCAAUUUCGGGUCAACCCAGCCGAACACAACCCUGCCUUCGAUCAACCAGAAUUACGAUGCUCCUUCUCAACGAGGCAGUAUGGUGGAACACCCCGAGUCUCGACGGAGCAGUGUGGAUAGCAGGAUGAACCAAGGAAUCAGCUCGCUUGCCAUUAACCCCGCAUCUCCUUAUCAUAGCACGAAUGCUUCGCAAACCUCGAUUGUUUCGGGUCUCCAACGAGAGCGCGGUAUUUCUAUGGACGUGAAUAUGAACAAUUCCUAUCGCGGCCCUCGAUACUCUGGAGGCCAACCACUCUCUCCACUUGGCCCGCGGGCUAGUGAACAUCGCGGAUUUGCAGCUGGCCGCACGGCACCUGCCAUCUCGUCGAAUCCUCGCUCUGAAAUCUACAAUGCAGAGGCACCCACCGCUGGUCUUGCAUACGCUUUCCCGGAUCCUGACGUUGCGCGAUCCAAUUCUGUCUCUUCUACCACCGAAAAGUCAACCAAUCAAUUCUCCCGCAAAGGAAGUACUGCUGAGUCACUUGCCAGUAGCGUCUUCUCUGAUGCACGGUUACCUCGUGGACAGCAUGAACUUCCUCAAAAUGUGCACCAUCAUUCUUUACAACACAAGCAAGUCCGUGGUCUUAUUGGAGAAGCAGACGCACAUAGUGGUAGUACGCCUUACAGCAGAACUCCCGAGCUGAGGGUAACGCACAAGUUGGCGGAGCGAAAGCGUCGCAGUGAGAUGAAGGAUUGCUUCGAAGCUUUGCGUGUCCGCCUCCCACAAAGUCAGAACAAUAAAUCGAGUAAAUGGGAGACACUCACAAGAGCUAUCGAAUAUAUCUCACAUCUAGAAAAGAUGGUUACUACCACUCGCAGAGAAAAUGACGUGCUGAGGAGCGAACUUGACGAGAUGCGGGCGCAACUCAGUCAGCAGCAAGCCAAUGGCCAAUCUCGGCAGCCGUCGAUCUUUGAGCAUCAUCCCGUAACGGUGCCACAGCCGAAUGGGCAGGUACAUGGCGCUAUGUUUUCCGGUUAUGCUCCUGGAUCCGCGAUGCAGCAAGAGCAACCGCGAACGCUUCCUCCGCUCAUGAACGGGACUGUUGCUCCAAUGCAAGGCGUGCAGUACACCGACGAACGACGCAUAUUACCCCCUUGGUCAUGUCCCGUUACAUUACAUCUCGGGGUCAUGGUGGCUUCCACCUCCCCAAACUCAUUCAACCCCUACCCAUUUUUACCCCUCUCCCCAAGAAUCGGAAGAUCGGGGCGUGGAAUCUGUUUAUUUGACCUCCAUCAUGUAUUGUCGGUGUUGUUAAAGGUACCGUGUAUGCACGGAAGAAGGGCAAAAAAGGAAACUCGAACAUUAGUUGCUUGGAAAAGGAGUAUACCUGGAAAUCAAACGUCGAAGCAUCGGUUGAUACCGGUCGACAUCGAUGUCGAUCGAGAACCUGUUCCACCUCAGCUGCCGUCUCACUUCAAACGGCCGUGGGUGAUUGAUAUUGUUAGUAGGAGGUCAGAGCUACGUUGGGGCAUCCCGUGGACUGCGUUGAUGCAGGCUAUUUUUGUCCCUGGCGUCUUGGCUGCUGAUUGGCGCCCGGCGAAGUUCUGCAACCUCACCGGCGUCGUGGAUAUGCUUCUGUUAGCGCCGCGUGCCCCCCAUCGGCGGCUACAGAGCUCCCACGGCUUCUUCAGGAGCCAAUCCACCCCUGGAGCUAUCUGCCAAACAUCAUCUUGCAGAGUCGAUCCAAGCAACCCUGGCCAAUGGAGUCCCCCCGUCCUGCUCGACUGUCAUUGUUCCCUCUGGUUCAUAAUUGUCUCACCUGGAUGCUUUGAUCAUAACAAUAGCAACCCAAGCGUCCUUUGUUUCCCACUUUCAAAAUCAAAGGCCAUCAGUUUAUCAACGAAAGGCUUCACAAUAUCGCAGCUGGUUUGCUUGAUCUAUACCGAAACGACCUUCAUCUGCUGCGCCAGUCCGUAUACGGUACUUGGCCUACUCCCACCCCCUGAAUGUAUAAGGCAGAUUUUUGGCCUCAUUGGCCAUACGGCCCCCGAGAUGCAGAAUUCGACGGCAGGUCUACGAAUUCCUGCAGCUCCGACUUUCCCUCUGUCAUCUCCGAUCACAGAGGAGAUUCCGAGCCCGGUGCCAUCAUCUCCAGAGGACCAUGACAUGGAAAGGAAUCGACCUUUUGCUUUUCUGAAUAAGACAACACGCAGAAAUAACCCAUUCAUACGUGAAGGAAGUUAUGAUAAGCACACUCAGUCACAGGAAGCAGUAGAUGGGACGGGGGUCUCUUAUCAGGCAAAUCCGAACCAAGAGGACUUAAGCAAUCUUGGGCUCUACACAGGGAAGAGCUCAGGACGGCCUUUUGGGUUGAGCUUGGUUACGGAUUUCUCUCACUCUACAUCAAAGGCACCUGAAGAUGGAUCAGUGCCGACUCUCGUGGAUUUGAAUGACUUGAAGGCUCUCUCUGAGGUGCGAGAACAGGAAAGGAAUGCACAUACUCUUAAAGGGAUAUUGAAGAAAGUCCCCGGUCAGGACUACGACCAAAAGCCCGGGAAACCGUCCGUAUUCGACAACAAACGACUAUCUUACUUCAACAUCAGGCGGAAAAAGAAGGGAAACGACGACCUGUCGCCAUCCGAUCGACCGAUUAUGAUUGGACUAAGCAUGCCAUCUGAUGAAUCGUUAAGUACUCAAGGAAGAGGGCUAACAGUAAAUACUGGCCAUGCCCAACGAGCGGCACUGACUCCCUCGAUAAUUGUGACUCCGGCCAAGGAAGACACAUUUUGGACAGGCCUUGACACGACUCAUCCUCGUCCUAGGAUAGCGUCUAGCAUCUACUCUCAACCAACGCCGUAUCCCGAUGAAAAUGACAGCGACCUUGACAUUCCACCUGUGCCUGCUAUUCCUAAUUAUGCCUUUUUGGCGCAUAAUGAGAACCCGAGCACGAAUAUGAACACUGACUCUACACAAAGGCAAUUUGUAUCCGCAGCAGGGAGACAACGCUCCCUCUCGGCUGGCACUCUGUUUGAAGAAGAUGACGUGCGACGGGAGAGCCGCUCUCGGUCAUAUUCCAGCGGGACUGUCAAAAAGAUUCCGGAUAGGUUAAGCAUCAACACUGAAACCAACAGGCAUCAGUCACAGGGUUGGUGGACUUACUUGCUCUCACCUUUGCUGAGUCGUUACAGCACAGCCAUGGGUCCCACCACCCAAACUGAGGCUGCCAGACCACCAGUUCCCAGCAUCGCAACGGAGUCAAGGGAAUCGAGUGACGAGUGGUGGGAAAAGGAAGUAUCCAGCUUCUCGCCCGAUACGCCAGAAGCCAUCAUACCUCAUCAUAAGGAAUUGUCACCUGACUGGACAGAUGCUAGUUUGAACCCCUUUGAUGAGAAAAGACUGAGUAUUCAAGACCAACCUGUCGAACGAGAGCGAAAUGCCACAUCCUUUAUGUUCCCGGGAAGGCCAAUCCAGGGCUCUGCGGCUGAAUACUACCAAGCCUGCGCACACGAAUUGUUCAGCGGACGGCCGUACUUUGAAUGCGUCAACCAUGUCUGCUCUAUAACACCCAAGGACAAGAUUCCCGGCUAUACCGAGGGUACAGUUGUGGGUUCCUCAGAUAACAGGAGUCUUCUGAUUGACGUUGGGGACAUGCCACAAAACGAAAUUCCUGGCUUGAGAGCUGUUCCCACUACUUCGGAGCCACGCACUGUGUAUGAACCGAGUGUAAUGGAUAAGGGAGUAGAGGCCACCCUUGACAAUCUUCAGGACGAUGAUCCGGUUGGAAAAGCUAGCUCGAGGGGGGUACCUCCGUCUGAGCAUCCAACGAUCCAACCUCCUCCCACCCUGCGUCCUCUGAGCGAGUAUCCUCCGACCGAGCACUCUCCUAGCGAACAUCCUCCUAGCGAACAUCCUCCUAGCGAACAUCCUCCUAGCGAACAUCCUCCUAGCGAACAUCCUCCUAGCGAACAUCCUCCUAGCGAACAUCCUCCUAGCGAACAUCCCCCGAGUGAACACCCUCCGGCUGGUCAACCUCCAGUCGACAACAAUCCAAAUCAGCCUAUUCCUGAUGAAGGGUCACGGGAAUUGCCUCAGGAAGCCUUUCCAACAUCACAUGCCGGAGGAGAAACAGGAGAAUUAGCACCGCCUCCAAACAGUCAAAGCGAAAGGAAGACGUCUUGGCCUAUCUUUCAGCCAAUUAUCCAGCCAGUCGUUCAACCAGCACCGCAGCCAGCACCUCAGCCAGCCAUUCAACCAAUAAUAGUGCAAGCUCCUCAACCGGUUGCUCAACCUGCCCCUCCAACUCAGACCUUCCAUGUUCAUCCUGCUACUGUCCCAUCGCCGAUUCUCAUAGCACCCCAUGGGCACCAGCAUCCAGCAUUUCCUCAAGAACAACAGACUGAACCACAGCCUGAACCACAGCCCCCUAACCCUACGUCUCCUGGCCUCCAACAAGCCACCGUGAGGGGUGGCUCAAUUCCGCUAUCUGACAUGCAUACUACCCCGGCUCCUGCAUAUACAUCCAACCACAAUAGCUCCUCGACCCCAGCGCCUACAUAUACUUCCCACUACACUAGCUCUAUGCCUCGCAUGGAGCCUCAUCCACUCCCACAAGAGGGAAUGACACAUACCACCACAGAGAGAGAGAUAAUUGAGAUACGACGGAAAACGUUAGAGACAGAAGACAAGAAGAAGAAGAAAAAGAAGUUUGGCUUGUUGUUCUGCUGUUGCUGUUGCGGUGGUAACCGGUCUCAUAAAAAUGGCUGUUUCGGUAGGAAAGACAAGGACAAGAAGGUCAAACGUCGGUGGUACCUAGCUAUCCUCACGUCCUUCCUCAUAAUCAUAGCGAUUAUCCUCCUUCUAGUCAUGACCUUGACAGGAAAAGGCGACUCAACUCCAGUGGAGUCACAGUGGCUCAACCUCACCGGCUAUCCACCGAUGCCCACUGGUAUCGCAACAAUUGCCGGACCAAAGCCUCAGGUACAGCAGUCAGGAUGCAUAACUCCAUCCACCCUUUGGAGCUGUGCUCUACCACCAGAGGAACAAUCCGCCAACAAGUCCUACGCGGCCAAUGAGCCGAACUUCCGCGUGGAAAUACGAUUCCGCAACGGCACCUACCCUAACAGCACCACAAUUGCCUCACGAUCCAGCAAAACCCUCUCCUCACGGAGCUCCGACAACCCCUACAGUCCAUCCCCAUCCCCACCAAGCAUGAAAGACCAGACCUUCCUUGGCAACACAACAGACAACAACACCGUCCCCUACGCUGGCGAGGAAACCCCCUUCUACAUGACCUUCCUCUCAACCAGCACCCUAACAUCCACAUCCACCCUUCGCCUGGCGCGAAGAUCCUCCGACAGCUCCUUCCCUAACCUCGCAACAAUUAUCCCCUCCCCAGACGAAGAUUCCGACGGAACCGCCGCCGCCGCAGAUCUAUACCCAAUGCCCUCCUCCCAACCAGUCCGUCUCUACAACCGCGGCCUCAACACAGAACACUACGGCUUUUAUACCUACUUCGACCGCUCCAUCUUCCUCUCCUCCCGAGCCCCCCUCGACGGCAACACAACCGACACAAACCCCAACGACCGAAACGGCGGAUCCAACGAAUCUGACGCCCGCGUCCGCUGCACCUGGUCCCAGACCCGCUUCCUCGUCCAAAUCUGGACGCGCUCCAACGACACACUCCUGGAGAAUGCAACGGCCACGUCCACUGCAUCAGCAACUGCAUCAACAGCAACAGCAACAGCCACGACAACGCCUUCCUCCGCGAAUGACUGGACCCGGCCCGGAUCCUUUCCUUACCCUGUCACCAUAACUCUAGACCGCCAUGGAGGAGACGCUAAAGAAAAAAUGGUCUACUGUUAUGGCAUGGAGAGCGGCGAGCAGAUCAACUCAACGGAAGUCAAGUUGCAGCUUGAGGAUCGAUCGUACGGUGGGACGCUGGUAAAUCCGGCCCCGGGGAUUUUCGACUUAUAUGGUAAUUCGUCGACGGACGCUACGGGGGAUUAUGGGGGCGUUGAUGGGGGAAGUGGAGGGUGUUCCUACGCAAAUGUCAUUUCUUUCCCUAUUAUUGAUGAUAAAUGA